AUGUCAAGUAUUCUCUUUCCUGAUUCGACGCCAUCGCGAACUUUCAUCGAUCAAUUUCUCAUCUACAAUCUCGGCCAAUAUCUCACACGUGUGUCAAAUUCGAAACAGGAGGGCUUGGUCCCCCAGAUGAGCAAGGUUCCUUGGGACCGCAUGAAGACAGACUAG